GUGAGGAGGGGGGAGGGAGAGAGGAGAGGGUGUCCCGUCUGCACGGAGCACAGACAGACAGCAGGGAACAGCUGCAGCAUUAGGUUCGCGUAGGAUUUCACUGCAUUGCGAUUAAAAUAUCAAUCAUUUUCAUCCCCAAAACCCGAGUAGAGCGGCUCGACUAAACAACCAAAUACCCGAAAAAUGGUUGAUCGCGAGCAGCUGGUGCAGAAAGCCAGGCUGGCUGAACAGGCUGAGAGAUAUGAUGAUAUGGCUGCUGCUAUGAAAUCGGUAACAGAGCUGAACGAGGCCCUGUCUAAUGAAGAGAGGAACCUCUUGUCUGUGGCCUACAAGAAUGUGGUGGGCGCCCGUCGCUCCUCCUGGAGGGUCAUCUCCAGCAUUGAGCAGAAAACCUCCGCUGACGGCAACGAGAAGAAGAUUGAAAUGGUGAGGGCCUACAGGGAGAAGAUUGAGAAGGAGCUGGAGGCCGUAUGCCAGGAUGUGCUCAAUCUUCUGGACAACUUCCUGAUCAAGAAUUGCAGCGAAACGCAGCAUGAGAGCAAGGUGUUCUACCUGAAGAUGAAGGGCGACUACUACCGGUACCUGGCCGAGGUGGCCACGGGAGAGAAGAGGGCCACUGUGGUGGAGUCAUCGGAGAAGGCCUACAAUGAGGCUCACGAGAUCAGCAAAGAGCACAUGCAGCCCACCCACCCCAUCCGCCUGGGCUUAGCUCUCAACUACUCUGUGUUUUACUACGAGAUCCAGAACGCCCCAGAGCAGGCCUGUCAUCUGGCCAAGACCGCCUUUGAUGACGCCAUCGCCGAGCUCGACACCCUCAACGAGGACUCCUACAAAGACUCCACUCUCAUCAUGCAGCUGCUCCGAGACAACUUGACACUGUGGACAAGUGACCAGCAGGAUGACGAGGGAGGGGAGGGCAACAAUUAAAGAGAAACCACACUUCGAAAAAAUAUGAAGGGCCGGUGGACUUUGGCAGCCGCUUUUGCCGAUGAUACUACCGCAGCAGCAGUUCUUUAUUUUUCCAUGUGUUAAAAGAAAAGAAUCAAAAGAGAGGUGAGAGUGGAGGUUAAAUCUUAGUUUAAAUAUAUAUAGAAAUAUAUAUACAGUUGAAAGGGCCUCCGUCUUCUUGAUUUUCUCUUUGACAUUUGCCAAAACCACUGAUACGUCAGUCAAUCAGCCUGAAGUGGUUGUUGUUGGAUUGAAAUGGCAGCCUCACACUGGCAUAGGAACUGAUCUUGUUCUAUCAAGAUAAGCUGCUUAGUUAGGUUUUUGCGUGAUAGAGAUGCAUUUGAGUCACUUGAGAGAGAAAAUGCUUGAAUGGGAAUGCCUCACAAAAAUAGUUUGCAUUGGUUCCAGUAGUAGUUCGUAUAUGAGAAAGGGCCCUGAACGCCAUUGAUGUUAAUUCCACACUACCAAAAUGAGAAAAGAGAAAGUUUUAAACUGAUUAUUAUUGCCCCAUAAAUUUUGGAAAUAAUGAAUAAGUUUGAGUAUAAUUACAGAUUAAAAAAAACUUAAUCCCCCUCUUCUGUCUAAAGUGUAUUUGGCAUCUCACAGAAUAGUCUGUUUCCUUCUCCAACUAUGUCACUGGAACCAUAGAUUCUUUUGGAGGUGAAGAUUACUAAAGGCAGAGACUUAACAAUAUAACACAAAAAAAGUAAAAAAAAAAAAAAAAAAAAAAAAAAAAUUAAAAAUAAAAGCAGCUUCAGAGUUUGUGGUUUACUUCUGUGUUUGUUUUAUUAAAUGCACUUGCCUACUAUACUGUUUCUUCAGUGUAAGAUGAUGACAACAAUAAUAUCGAUUAUUCAAUAUUGUGCAUGCUGGUGAUGUAUUUAUAUACAGUAGCUUGACUUUAUUAACUUAUACUGUGGGUGUUAAGUAUUCAUAUGAUUGAGAAAACAGGCUUUGUCUGAUGUUAAUUUCUACUUUCUAAUUUAUUUCGUUUUGUUAUGGUUUUGAUUUGCUAUACCAAAAUGGUGAUCGUAAAAAUUGACCUGUAAUGGGCGUUGCUAUAGUGACAUGCAAUAUGUGUAUUUAAUUUGUUAAUGAAAGAAAAAAAAAGGAAGAUAAAAAUCCACCAGUGAUCACUUAAUCUUACCAGCUGGUGUUUGUCACAUUGAAGUAUGAUUAUGAUAUAUUUGUUCUUUGAACAGUAUUAAGUACUUUUUUCUGUCAUGCUAUCCAGUUUUAAUAAUGGUGAAGUUUUCAGGCUCAAUGUUUCUGUUAUUAAUUCACAACAUGGACCAUAUUUUAUUUCUGACAGUAUACUUUUUUUUUUUGUUUUUGUUUUUAUACCUUUUAGCUGUUCCUGAGUGACAAAAUAUCUUGAAUGUGAGUCAUUAUGUAGCAGUUGCACAAGAACCGAAAUAAUAGCUAUGAUAAUAAAAAAGAAUAUGACUAAAUUAUAAAUGCACCAUUUCUGUGGUGGUCUAGUGUAUUGUUGUAUCGUCACCCAUAAAAUGUUUUUAAGGAAAGCCAUUUCAUAGAAAAUGUUUGAACACUUUAUUUUGUGCCCUCAGUACAGUAUGUGCUUUCUUUUUGUGCCUGUAUUUUUAUUUAAUAUGCCUCAUUUGCAAGUCAACCUUUACAGAAAAAGGAUUUAUCUGCCAGUAUUUUACGUUCCUGCAAGCAUGUAUGCAAAAUGUUAUAUGUUCCCUUCAAUGGGUCCUCAUUCUAUGUGUAUACGACACUCUGCACAGCACAUAGGUUUGAAUAUUCAACACCAAUGCACAAAUAGAUUCACAAGGAAAAGCAUAGGCAAUUCAGUAGAAUGGGUUAUUGAUUAACAAAUGCGAGAAUUCACAUCUUAAGAACAAACAGACACUAGGAAGCUGCUUAAAAGCACAGAAAGCUGCUGAAUGGAUUUAUCUUCAUAUUGCUGCUAGAUCUAUAGAUUAUUACAUUAAUAUAUUAAAACAGAUAGCAGUUUUUGGGACUUUAUUUUCAUAAGAAAUAAAUGAGAUGGCAGUUUUGGGAACGUUAUUUUUUAUUUCACAUGUGAUGGCUUAAGAGAGAAACCAAAAGCCUUAAGGUCAGUCACACAACCUUGUUCAUGUAUGCCAAUUAUGCCACCAUCAUGAGUCAGCCUCCAUGAGCUCACACUGUAUGUCACAGCUGCUUUGAUUUAUUUUUAACUGGGUAUAAAGUUGAUGGUCUUGAAGGCUUGCCAGACAAAUAGCAUGAAAUCCUAAUGCCAUUCUGCGCAACUGCUCACACAACUUAUACAUAUAAGCAUGGAGUUGAAUCCCACACUUAGAUUUUUUUAGUUACAUGUAUAAAAAUGAGUGGAAUUGUGGAAUGAAUUGGAAUUUUUUAUCUCACUUUUUGUUUUUAGUCCUUUCAGAAACCAUGUCAGGAGACAUUCACUCAUUGCCAAGAAUACAUGCAUUGUUUUCUAUUUUAAAUUAUUUGGGUUUUUCUCUGUUAUCUGUGUUUUUUUUUAUUUUUAUGUUUUCAUUAUUUUGGAUUUAUAUCCUUGUGUAUGUGACAUGAAAACAUACAAAUAUUAAAAUCAGUGAAGAAGAAAAAGAAGAAGAAAAAAAAAUAAUUUUAAUUAGGUGAAAGAAGAGGUGACCUAAUGGAAGUCAAAAAGAAGGGAGACAUUAGCUGAAACCAAGAUACAAACUGUAUGCUCUGAAAUUUUUGUUGCCAUCUGUUGCCCAUUAAAGUUAUUUGUUUAUCAGUA